GGUGUUGCCGUUUUGGAUCCCAAAUACGGACUAGGAAUGUGCAGGGUGACGCGUGUCCGGAGAAUGUAACCACAUUUUAUUUCAGUGGGCCUUCUGCAGCCUGCAGACAGGAAGGAGGGGGAAAAAAAGAAGAAACGGGACACCUCCUCCUCCUCCUCCUCGGAUAACGGUGUCUGUCCAAGAAGUUCUUCAGGAGGACCGACGCGAACAAAAGCUUCAGUCUGUACACUAAACGUUUCUGUUCGAAUCCUGCCUGGAGAAAAGCGCUCCUUUAAACUCGUGCUAUGGAGGAUUUGGGAGUGUCUGACCCACCUCACUACCCUCUCAGUCCUCGUAUUGUUGUGUUUGACGCCCUCCUUGCUGAUUUGGAGAACACAAGCUCUCCUCUGGCUCGGUGCCCCGUCCUCCUCAGCUCUGACCCUCCACAAAACGCUGAUCCUCCUGCCCAGGACCCUGCUCAGGCACGUCCGCCACCACCCGCCUACACCCCACAGCAGACUGUUUCUGCUGCAAUGAAGUCCUCCCAGAAUUCCAAUCCAGACAAAUUAUACAGUACAGUGUGUAAGCCACGCUCUCCUCGAACAGCAGAUCCUCCACCUGCCUUCUCCUCUUCAUCGCUGUUGGGAGGAGGUCUGAGUGAACUGGACCAUCUGCUGCAGGAGCUGAAUGCUACCCAGUUUAACAUCACAGAUGAGAUUCUGGCCCAGUUUCCUUCCUCUAAGAAAGAUGAAAGAGACAAGAAUAAGGAUAAAGCUGCAACCACAAGCUCUGCGAAGCCUUCAGCAACAUCAGCUACACUGGAACUGGACAAACUCAUGGCUUCUCUGUCUGACUUCAGAGUCCAGAGCACACCAGCUGUGCCCAUCAAUCCAGUGGUGGCGCCAUCGCCGCAGCCUGCCGCACCCCAGCAACCCUCAUCCGGUGGAUCACUGGACAGCAUGUUGGGGCUCCUCCAAUCGGAUCUGAGCAGGCAAGGCGUUCAGACGUCCUCGAAGGGAAACUGUUCAGCCUGUCAGAAGCCAGUAGUAGGACAAGUUGUGACGGCUCUGGGGAAGGUGUGGCAUCCCGAGCAUUUCGUGUGCACAGAGUGCGAGACAGAGCUAGGAAGUCGCAACUUCUUCGAGAAGGAUGGGAGGCCGUACUGCGAGUCGGACUACUUCACUCUGUUUUCUCCCCAUUGUGCACAGUGCAACAAACCCAUUCUUAAUAAAAUGGUCACUGCUUUGGACAAGAAUUGGCACCCAGAGUGUUUCUGCUGUGUGAAGUGCAGCCGAACGUUUGGAGAGGAAGGUUUUCACGACCGUGAGGGCCAGCAGUACUGUCAGCAGUGCUUUUUGACUCUGUUUGCUUCCCGCUGUCAAGGCUGCAGUCAGCCCAUUUUGGAAAACUACAUCUCAGCUCUCAGCACUCUGUGGCACCCGCAGUGCUUUGUAUGCAGGGAGUGCUACAGCCCCUUUGUCAACGGCAGCUUCUUCGAACAUGAUGGCAACCCUCUAUGCGAGGCGCACUACCACCAGUCCCGCGGCAGCGUGUGUCAGGCCUGCCAGCAGCCCAUCCUGGGCCGCUGCAUCACCGCCAUGGGCGCCAAAUUCCACCCGCAUCACCUCGUGUGUCAUUUCUGUCUGAAGCCACUGAGUAAAGGCAGCUUCAAAGAGCAGGAGAACAAGCCGUACUGCCACCCCUGCUUCAUCAAACUGUUUGGCUGAGGUCAAACCCGCGCUUUGCUGUCUCCUCUCGUUCACCGGGUUAAGAAGCUGUACGACCCGAAGCUCUCAGUUAGUUUCGUUUACAGCGGCAAUGAGGGUGGAGCUGGUCUCGCUUUCUUGGUUUUAGGAGUAUUUGAGUCAAACAAGAACAAUGGUGCUGAAAAAGUGGACUGUUAUUCAGAAGUCUAACUGCCAUCGGAAAUAAAAUAACUGCAAAAAAGUUUUGCCGCGUAUGUAAAUUGUUUACAUGCUGUAUUAAUUCAAAUUGAAUUCUUUUGCCAAAGGUAGAAACCAAACAGUAUGCUGAAAGCAAAAUGAUUGUUUCAGUGAAGGACUGAUACUUAAUAUAUGUAUAUUUACUUUAUAUUGCAAUUAAGUAUGAAAACAUUACAGGAACUGCAGAUACACGCUGAUCGCUACAUAUACUCUGAUUCAUUUCAUAUGUUUGUGUCGCAAACUAAGCUAUGUGUGUUGUUUUACUGUCAGAUAUUUUGCAUUAAUCCACCAUUAGUCUAUGCAAUUUGUUGUAUUCAUUUCCAAAGAGUGAAAUAAACAUUUUGUCUUGUUGGUUCA